AUGGAAAACAAGGAGAAAAAAAGAGAGAAAGAAGAAUUUUACUGCGAAGAGGUGGAGAAACAAAAGGACAUUCUGUUUGCACCACAUAAGGACGUGAAUACCAACCAGAGGAAAAUCCAAUGUUGGAAAAACAUUUGUUCCUUAAUAAACAGCAUCGGUAUCCAGGAGAGGACAUCCGCUGGGAUUAUUAAAAAAUGGAGAGAUAUUUCAUCUCAAACUAAAAAGAAGGAGGCCCAGUACAGAAGGGAACUUGUGAGAACCGGCGGUGGACCUGCUCCUGCUCCGGCCAACUCCUCAGACAUCAGUCAGAAGGUUGUUGCAAUAAUAGGCAAAACAUCAGUAGAAGGUGUAGAAGGUGUAGAAGGCGGGUUUGAUACGGAUGAUGUUAAUGAGGUCGAUCUCUUUAAAGUGGAGGAUGUAUGGCUCUCCCCUCCGAUGGAAUCUACAUCCGAGCGAGCUGACGUCCCAACACAACUUCAAUCCCCAGGUCUAUCUUCUGGUGAGCAAGCCGCCACCCCAACACUUCCAGAGGCUCCAGAUCACGAGAAGCAGCUUCAACCAACCAAAACGUAUGGCAGCUUUAAACGGAAGAGGUCGGUGGAAGACAUUUAUGACCUUCAAUGCCAGGUUCUGGAACAGGAGCUGGAGAAAAACAAGCUGGAGAUAGAGAAAGCUCGACUCCAGAUUAAACUCUUAAAGUCAUUACAGGAAAGGGUUGCAGCUGGGGGACAAAGUGAUCAUUUGAUGGAGUUGUUCUCCACCUUGAGUCGCUGAGUGAGAGAGCAAGAGAGAGAGAAUGUUUUAAUACUAGUAUUUAAUAUUACUGAG